UCUCACGGGCUUCCUCCACCCUUCCGUCACACAAAUAUUUUCCUCCCACACGCCAACACUUUCGUGCCAUCACCACACAAGACACAAGACCACCAUGCCAGUAGCCAGCGGGGCAAGGCAGUGGCUUGUUACGCCGCAUACGUUGCCGCCUGGCCCGCCCUCAAACAGCGGUGAUGCACAAGACCUCGUUGCCGACAGUACGGGUUCAGGGACUCGUACCGCAAAGCCUCGCCGCGAAUUGCCUCGACCUGUCCCCGCCAGCGAGCAGCAUCGUUGCUGUGCUCGCUUGCGCUGCGUGGAAAAAUUUACGGCAGAUGAUGGUGAGUCCUAUCGGGCGCGUACACUCGCCGCAGAGCAGGAGGUGAUCCGGGGUUGUUCGACCCGCGAGGAUCGCAAGAGGUUCGUCCUGGAUCGAGUGCCUGUCGUGACUUUGGGUCAUGGAGAUGGCUCGAUGGUUGCGGGCGGUGUCCCUGUCUGCACGCAGUUCUUCAAGGCAUCCUUCGGAGUAUCGAAUCAACUUAUCGACGCUUGCAAACGCACACCUCACGCAAGGGCAUCCUCCUCAGUGCGCAGAACAAGCGGCGACGGAACGGGCAUAGCUCCUAAGCGAGACUUUGUUCUCUCCUGGAUCGACUACUGGGCGUUCGUCUACGUACGGCCAGUUCAUGCCCCACAAAGACCACGUAGUCAUCUGCAGUUCGAACAAAGAGGAACUCUACCAGGACUUCCUCACAGAGGCUAAACGCGUCUAUCCCGAAGACACUUCCAAGCGAGUGAGCAAGGCGCAUUUCUUCCGCAUUCCCAGAAAGGACAGACCCCACAUUAGGGUGAGGGUCGGAGGAGAGUUCAUGAAAUGUGACAUUUGCGUCACUUUGAAGGAGAGGCGGCAUGGUUCGCCGGGCGUCAAACCUUCGUUGGAUUCGUCCGCACUCGCGUCCAUCGACCGAGACUUGGCAGCCCAUCGUCAGAUGGUCCAAGCCGAUCGGCUAGUGAUCGCCAACAGGACGGGCGAUGCUAUGCGGGCGAAAGCCGACGGGAAACCUCUCAACUUCGUCUUCAUGUCCAUUGACGCGGCGAACUCGACUUCCCAUGCCCUGCCGGCCAUCUAUCCACCAACACACGGUGGUGACAGGGGCUACUCUGAGCGGCAGAAAAUCAUGGCGGUGCACAUUGAAGGCCAGUUCGUCGAAGUUUACUUCACUCCACAGUAUCUCGGCGGAGGUUGCAACCUUGCCUGCACAGCCGCUCACCUGGCCAUCACACGAAUCAUCGACAAGUACCACGACAGCCCCCCCCAUCCUUCCGGGUGCAUCAUCCAGCAUGCGCAUUGGCAGGUCGACAACUGCGUCUCCGAGAACAAGAACAAUUUCUUUCUCGGAUAUGCGGGACUCCUUGUGGCGGCCGAUGUUGUGCGCGUGGUGGAAAUCCACUUCAUGAUGGUGGGCCACACUCACACGAAGAUCGAUCAGGUUUUUUCAAGAUUCUCACGUGGAAUAAAAGGGAAGAACAUUUUCACGCGGACCCAUCUGGCGGAAGAGCUUCGGGCGUCGUACACUGAGGUGCCAGUCUUUUGCAGUACGCUGCGGAAUGAGGGCAACUUCAAAGGGCUUCUCAUCGGUCGCGUCAACCGUGUCCCAAACAUCACGACCUACAGGGCUUUUCGGGUUGAAAAGGGCGGUGAUGGGCGGGUGAAGGUUCGCGUGAAGAAGCACAUGCAUGGUGCCGAGUGGAAUGGGAUACAUGAGGAUGGCAACUUAAACCCUGAUGCUCUUCCGCACGACCUCUUCAUCGGUAGCCCUCCUCGCAUCCAAGAUGCACCUCCCUACAAGCUCAAGCGCGUGCCCGAAGACGUCAUUCAGAAGGUGGAGCAGCGUUAUCUGGCAUCGCACGAGCGCUUGGCUGCAGCAUUUCCACUAGACGAUGGAGCCGUGCAGAGAGCGAAAGACGAGCAGAAGCAGUCCGUGCGGCUUCUUAGGCAGACGGGCGAACGGGAGUUCGACCUCCCGGUGCAUUGGCUUCCCGUCUACGACAGCGGCAGCGGCGACGAAGAGAACGUUGGACCUGAUACUGGCGACAAUAAUGACGCCGAACAAGACUUCAACGGCUCGGGAGGGCACGACCAUGACGGCAUUGACGACGAAGCCGAUGACACCUCUUCAGAUAGUGACAUGGAACCCGAGUUUCGCCGGCGAGGUCGGCCUCGUGCCACGGGGAGACCAACGACCGAUAGAAGCCCUCCUAUCAGUGUGCAGGUGGGAAGUUUUGCCUUCUUCGUUGCACGGCGGGCUCCUUUUUUGGUCGGCAGAAUAGUUGCGGAGAGGCUCGGCGAGGAAGGAGAGCGUGGGGUAGACCUUCACUGGCUUCGUCCAAGUAGUGACUACCUGAGCAACAACGCCGCAUCCGUCACACUGCGGGAGUACAGCAACAGUACCUUCGUGGAGGGGUUCGUGUUGGAUACAUGCAACGGAAAUGGGCGGAGCGGAAAAGCGAAGAGGGUGAAGGACGUCAGCUGGGAGCCUGUAGAAGGUAUUGUUGCCACGUGCGAGAGGCUUGUAGGCAACGGCAGAAAGGUUCCUACCAAGGUGUUGAGAGUGCUACGGGCUGCAGUAGAGGCCAGGGAUCGUGCGAAUGGUAUCAUUAGAGAUGAACCCAGGUUGGCCGAACAGGAGGAGGGGGUGCGGGAUGAAAUGUUUGAGGACGAACUAACCGAAGACGAUUCUUCGGCGGGUGUACAGCAGGAGCAGGAGAAGGGAACUGAAAACUAUGGGCGCGAUGAAGCAAGAGAGCCCAUGACUCUUCAGGGUAGCGGGAGAAGUGAAGGGGGAGAAGAAUGUGCCGGUGUAGGGGUGUGUGGAGAGGAAUGCUUGCCGACAGCCAUGGAGGCGCCCGCUCCUCACAGGGACGAAGGCCAGAAAAGUGCAGAGGUACGUAAGAGGCCAAACCCCACCACACAAGAGUCACCGCCAACCGCGCGAGUAAGGUUGACUGCUGCGCACUUCCGGCCCAGGCGUGGUGCUUGUCCAUGAAUCCCGAGGAGCGCCGGUGUUGUGUUUGCUUUGCAGGGGUUUAAGCGACGUAGGCCUCGAUAGAAACGGUAGCUACUGACUGGAUGGAGCCCACACACAGGUGGUGAAUCAACUUUCUUCGUGGAAGACAACCUGAAAGUACAUACACUGUAAUUAAUGUAUUUUCCUGUUCUUUUCGUUCGGAAACACCCCAGCGAGCGGGGAAAGUCC